CGCUGCGUAAACUCGGGUUAGUGGGGAUGCUGCUGCGAAGAGGCCCGGCGGAACCAUGGACCUCGACGAGGCUUUCGGGUUGGUGGGGGAGUUCGGCCCCAGCCAGAAGAGGCUCACCGCCUUUCUGGUGCUGCUGCAGGUGUUUGUGGCCUUCCAGUCUAUGCUUAUUGUACUAGUGGGAGCUAUGCCAGAAUAUCAUCUUGACCAAGAAGUGAUUUCAACUAGUACAGAAGCUCUUGCAAAACACGUCAGGUUUGCCAGUAACUUCACAUCCAUAGCAACAGAGUGGUAUUUAAUCAGACAUGAAGCUUAUAAGGUGAGCCUGGCAUCAUCUUUGUACUUCGCUGGGUUGCUUAUUGGAAAUAUAAUGUUUGGUCCAUUAUCGGAUAAAUUAGGCAGGAAGCCUGUGUACCUUACAGGCCUUUUCUUUGAUGUCAUUUUUGGGUAUGUCUCAGCAUUUGCUCCAAACUAUGAAGUUUUUGCCAUGUCACGCUUUUUUGUUGGGAUUACAAAUGGUGGAAUGGCUCUAGUGUCUUUCGUUUUGACACAAGAAUAUGUUGGAAAAUCUUUCUGGGCAUUGACAGGUUCAUUAACAAAUCUGACAUUUGCAGUCGGCAUAGCAAUUUAUGCCUUAUUGGGUUUUUAUAUAAGGGAGUGGCGUUUACUUGCCUUCAUAUCAAAUUCCCCUGGACUUUUCUUUUUUCUUCUGUCAUUUAUGCUUCCUGAAUCACCAAGAUGGUUAUACUCUCAAGGCAGAACAAUGGAGGCUGAGAGCGUGCUACAACACAUAGCCCUUGGUAAUGGAAAAGAGAGGUUGGCGGUGAAGUUGAAACAGUGCAAAGCAACAGUGAAUAAUGAUAUUUCAGCACCUGGUGUCCUAAACUUAGUUAAACAUCCCGUCCUUCGGUGGCGCACUGUCAUCUUGAUGUAUAUCUGGUACGUGUGUAGUUUUGUAUAUUAUGGCUUAACCCUGAAUGCUGGUGAAUUAGGAGGGAACCUUUAUCUGAAUGUGGCACUUUCUGGCCUUGUAGAAGUUCCAGCAUUUCCCCUCUGUAUGUUUUUCAUUGAGAAGCCUUGGUCAGGAAGACGUAAAAGUACAGUUGCUUUUUUGAUGUUUGCCGGCCUUGCCUGUAUAUUUACAGCGUGCCUACCAGAAAAUGCUGAGGGAGUUUUCUUCAAUCCCAGCAUCUUAGCUUUAUAUGGGAAAUUGACUGUGAGCGCAGCCUUCAAUAUCGUAUAUAUUUACACCUCAGAACUCUACCCAACAGUAGUGAGAAAUGCUGGCUUAGGUGUGUGCUCAAUGACUUGUCGAUUUGGUGGCAUUUUGGCUCCGUUUGUUCCUUCUCUGAAAACCAUUGGUCCAUCUGUACCAUUUGUGGUCUUUGGAAUCAGUGGACUAUCAGCUGGUUUCCUGACUCUUCUGCUUCCAGAAACAUUGAACAAACCUAUUGCCGAGACCAUUGAAGAUCUGCAGAUGCCUGCCUAUCAGAUGCUAACAAACAAAAAGGCAGAGUAAACCAGUUAGAAGAAAACAGUUAAAUAUUGCAAACCACACAACUUAUUGGAAAUUACAGUCGUGGUUCCCUGGUUGAAGUGUGACGCCAUCAAGAUUUAUCACAUUGCAACACUGAAGUACUUUGAGAUUUCCAGUAUGCUAAAUGAUUUAUCUGCCCAUAGAACAUGAAGAUUGGUGGUGGCAGUGAUUAGUUAUAACAACAGAGGAGAAAUCAAGUGGCUACAUAGAUUUCUUAAACUGUCAUCCUCUGUUUUAGGGCAUUGAAAAUUAUGUGGAUGUUUCAACAAAAAUAAUAGUUCUUAUAUAUCUUAAAUCAGCCUUUAACAUUCUGGUGUCUUCCAGAUGUGUUGGGCAUGAUGUCAUUGAAUGAUGGGAGUUGUUGAGCACAUCUAGAAGGCUGUUGGUAAAAUUUCUUAUUGGAGAUUUUGACAGUUACCAAACUACAUGGUUUAAACAGAAAGUAUCACGGUUAAUGGGUGUUUCUGUAUAGAGAACACUUAGAAUGAAUAGCAAACUGUUCCUUAAAUCACUGUCAUACUGGAGAGCUAAAGACUAACUUAGGCCCCUUCUACACUGCCAUAUAAAAUCCAGAUUAUCUUUUUUCAACUGAAUUAUAUGGCAGUGUAGACUAAUUAUAAUCCAGUUCAAAGAAGAUAAUGUGGAUUAUCAACUUUGAUAAUCUGGAUUAUAUGGCAGUGUAGAAGGGGCCUUAGAUUAUGUCCACAUACUUUGCGUCUUAAUUUUUACAAAGUCCAAAUGUUGCCAAUAUUUUUUAUGAAUGCUUUGAAACGAAUGUUCCAAAAUAUUUAUAAAGAUCAAAAACAUAUUUUGAAUACUGUUUCUAAUUACUGCUGCAAUAUAUCAUAACUGAGGUAUGCACCGAAUGUAUCAGUACAUAUCUGCUACAGGGAUCAAGUGAAGGGUCAGCUUC